AUGGGUGGUUUUGCUCGCGCCCCCGAAGACAGGCCAACGCCUCCGGAAGUUUACAACUGGAGGGUCUACAUGGCCGCGCUCGUGAUCUCAAUGGGCGUUUUGGCUUAUGGUUACGACUCUGCCUUUAUCGGCACUACCAUUGCCCAGGAGUCCUUCCAACGAGACUUUGGCAUCAAUGCAUCGAACAAGAACGAGAUCACCAGCAACAUCACCUCCAUAUAUUCGGCUGGAGGACUCGUAGGAGCGCUGCUUAUGUACCCAUUCCUUGAGCUCCUUGGUCGCCGUGCGACAGUCAUCAUCUCCGAUGCCAUCUUCAUCGUUGGCGCGAUCAUGUGCACUGUCCCCAAGAACCAAUUGAGUCUUGUCCUCGCCGGCCGAUUCUUCACUGGCAUGGGUGUAGGAGGAAUAGCCGCUGUGUCGCCCAUCUACAUCGCCGAGAUCUCGCCUCCUGCUAUUCGUGGACGCCUCACUGGGUUCUUCGAAUCUUUCUACCAAACGGGUGCCGUUAUCGGAUUCUGGAUCAACUACGGCAUUGUACACAAUAUGGACCGAUCGAAAUCCAUCGCUUGGAGAGUGCCGAUGGCUGUUCAGCUCAUCCCUGCUGGACUGCUAGCUCUCAUGAUACCGGUUCUGAAGGAGUCUCCUACCUGGCUGCUGAAACGCGGUCGCGAGGCUGAGGCCUUGAAGUCGUGGAGCUACUUCCGUAACCUACCCGAAGACCAUCCAUACAUUGCCCAGGAUGUUCAAUACGUGCGAAAUGAGAUUGCGAAAGAGCGUGCCGCACUUCUACAUGGCGAGGCGCAUGCUAGCUUCCUCACAACGAUCAAAGCCGCAGCACGCGAAGGAGCCAUGCCAGGAAUGCGAAACAGAUUCCUCUUGGUAUUCCUCAUGUUCAUGUGGCAAGCUUGGAGUGGUGCCGCUGCAAUCAACUACUACUCUCCAACCAUCUUUACAUCCAUCGGAUUGUCCGACGUAACUCUCUGGACCGGUAUCUACGGAAUAAUCAAAGCUGGAGGUUCCAUCAUCUUCUUCACCUGGUUCAUCGACAUGUUUGGGCGGAAGUGGCCUUGGAUCAUCUCUUCCUUGAUCUGUGCUUUCUGCCAGUACUACCUCGCCGUCUACAUCGCACUCGGAAAGCCAACAGUGGGCGAGCCCAUGUCCGAGUCCACAGUCGCUGGUGGCAAAGCUGCAACAGCCAUGAUCAUGAUUUUUGGUGCCGCCUGGUCAUUCGGUGCGAACGGCCUUCCCUGGAUCAUCUCUAGCGAAAUCUUCCCCGCAUCUAUGCGCUCUAUAUCGGGACCAUGGGCAGCAGCAUCCGUAUGGAUAUGGACUCUGGUAGUCACCAAGGCCUUGCCGCAAAUGUACACCUCGAUGGAAUGGGGCGUAUACGUCUUCUUCGCCACCGCGCUUAUUUGCGCUAGUAUUUACGCCUUCUUCUUCAUCCACGACACGAAAGGACUGCGCAUGGAUCAGAUGGAUCAGUUGUUUAGUUUCGAGAAGCGCGAAGAGUUCAUUGUGCAGGCAGAUGGGAAGAACGCAGAUUACGAGAGUGAGCACCAUGAGAAGGCGCCUGUGCAACGGACUGAGGCUGUUUAA